AUGCCGUUUGGGCUUAUUAAUUUAAUUAGAUUCGGAGGUCUUUCUAAAGACAUAAUUGAAAAGGACUUGGAAGUUCGCUUUAGCCUUUUUGGAGUCGUAACAAGCGUAGACAUCAUACGCCAGUCUACAGGAGAUUGUCGUGGUUUUGCCUAUAUAACGUUAAAGACGACCGAUAAUGACUGGAAAAAAUGCGUUUCUCUCUUCAAUGGAGCUAAAUGGAAAGGAAUGACAUUAAAGGUUCAGGAUGCGAAACUUGAUUAUAAACAAAGGUUAAAAGAAGAGUGGGCAUUUCAAAAAGCUUUAGAAGAAAAGGCUAAAGUUACCCUGCCGCGUAAAAAACGUGGACGAAGUCGUUCUUUCGAAUUAGCUGAAGAUAUGAGUCUGAUAACUGAUAGCGGUGUUGAUAUAAGAAAGUAUGGUCGUGUAGCAUCGGUUAUGCGAUUAAAAAAGGAUGACAGAACAAGGGUAACGAUUGAUCCGAGUCACUAUAAAGACAACCUUUUGAAAUUUUCUGAUAAAGAUAUGGGUAUUAAACCGAAAUCACUGGUUCAACUACCGUAUUUUUAUGAGGAAUAUGAAACUAUUGAAGACAAACAACAACCCUUUAGAUAUUUAAAUAAUGAAAUGAAAUUGGGCGAGAACAAAACUCAAGUAGAUUCUUAUGGAAAAUUAGACAAUGAAUCAAAAAGUAAUUUUGCUUCAUUUUUUCCAAAAGUUGACAUUACAAUUACCAACCCAGCACCUAUGGGUAUCCAAGGUAUCCAAACUCAGUUGCCGCCCUCAAUUAUUGAUGAUUUUAAAAAAUUGAAAUUGGAAAAAAAAAAGAAUGAGAAGAAUCUUUCGAAACCAGAUAAUUUAUCGAAACAAGAACAAUCUAAUCUAAUUCGUUUGGAAGCGCUGAGGCAACGUGCAGAAGAAAAGCGUGUUGAAAAAGAAAAGAUAACGCAAGCGUUAAGGGCAGAGGCUGCAUCAAAUGUAAUUGAACAAGUCUUUGAUGAUGAUGAACAGGCAAAUGCAGAAUCACAUACAAUGAACCUAUUUGAUUCAGAUGAAUCUGAUAAAGAUCCAGUAGGAUCAACAAGUAUAGAGAUAAAUCCAAUUUUCGAGGGUUCUUUGGGACGUGAAUAUCUUAAUUUACAAAGGAAGUUUCGUGGUGAUAAAAGAUUCAAAUUGACAGAAGAUUUUGUUAGUGAUGAUGAUGAUGAUCAAAGGAAUGUGAAUAAUAAUUUAUCUACUAGUGAAAUUGACGAUGAAACUGCCAAAUCUUUAGAGGAGGAAAGGGGAAACCAAUUUGAUAUUUUGAAAGAAAUAUUUGGAGACAAUAUGAAACCCGAAAAGUUGAAAAAAAAAGGAACCCAAUGGAAAGAAAUAGUUCAUUUCGAUCCUGACGUUUCAGAAGCGAAAUCAUUGGAAGUUCAAAGGCAAGAAAUUAAUGAUUUACCAAAAUACACUCCAUCAUUAUCGAAACCUUUGCCCAAAGUAUCAAAAGAUGUAAAGAUAGAAAUUAAUUCCGAUUUGAAAGGAAUAUUCGCCCCUCGAACAUCAAACGUUGUACACUCUUUCUCGCUUUUUGAUGAUGACGGGAAUAAGAGUGAAACUGAUGAUAUGCAAAUGCAUGGACAUGAAUAUAUUAACGAGAACGGGGCAACUUUGUUUCCAACAAUAACGGACAGAAUAUCUGAUCAAAAAACGCAGAAUUCUUCGGGGCCAUUAUUCUUUUUUCAUUUUGGAGAUAAUGAAUUAUCAAAAAGAUCACACUUUAGGGAAAUGAAGAUAUUCAUGCGGAUGUCACCCGCUGAAAAAAUAAUUUCUCACUGGCAAGAAACUUCACGUGAUUUGACAAAAGAAUAUAAACGUAAACAUAAAUCAGUAUCGCGUAAAUUGAGCAAGAUGAAGAGAAAAUGA